AUGGGAUGGUUUUAUACACGGACGGGCAAAUAUACGGUUAAAUCGGGUUAUGCUUUGGAACAAAAAGCUUGGGAGGAUGGUAACCCUCCUGUGUUUGGCCCGGACACAAGGAGUCUUCAGGCACACGUAUGGAAGGUGAAAUGUACUCAAAAAUUACAACAUUUUCUUUGGCAAUCCCUAACGGGUUGUAUAGCAGUUGGAGAUAGACUGAAAAGUCGGGGCAUUCGAAUUGAUCCCCAAUGUAUGCGCUGUGGAAUGGCGCCAGAAACAGUGAAUCACAGUCUGUUUGAAUGUCCUCCUGCACUACAGGUUUGGGCGUUAUCGCUAAUUCCAACGGCUCCUUCCCAGUUUCCAACAGGAAGCAUUUUUACAAAUAUGGCGCAUCUUUUUUGGGAGCUGCCGAAUGAUGAUAGGAUGGGAUUUUAUCCUUGGUUAGUAUGGUACAUCUGGAAAUCCCGCAAUGAUAAGGUGUUAAGCAAUGUGGAUUGGGAUCCUUAUGAUAUAAUUGCAAAAGCGACAGGGAAGGCAUUGUCCUGGACAAAGGCCCAAGAAAAACAAGAGACGGGAUAUCCAAGUUUAGACCCCUGUGUGAAUAUCAUUUUGUCCAGUGACCGUUGUCAGGUGGACGGGGCAUGGAAGGAAACAGAUUGUAGGGCUGGACUGGGCUGGUUUUAUUUUAAUACGGACACGCAGUGUAAACUUAUGGGUACGCGUAAUUUGCGACGGGGGAUAUCAGCACUUCAGACCGAAUUAGAAGCACUUAUUUGGGCUAUGCAGUGUAUGAUACGGCACAACAAACUAAUGAUAAUAUUUGAGACGGACUGUUCUGAUUUGGUGAAGAUGGUAUCUACACCAGAGGAGUGGCCGGCUUUUGCCAUUCUACUUGAAGAGAUCGACAGAUGCAAGACGAGGUUCACUUCAUUUUCCAUCAUCCAUAUACCUAGGGCAAACAACAUGAAGGCAGACAAGUUAGCACGUAGUGCUCGAGCUCUACCUACUGAUGUGUAUUAUGUAAACUCUGUUUCACCAAUUUGGAUCCCCGAGUUGCUUUAG